AAGCGCACGUAUCUUGAAACGCGCACUAUAAAUAAAAAGUCAUGAUCCUCAUUAAAAUUAAGAAAAACAUAAUACUCCUCACAGUAUUUAAUAAUAGCAUAACACCGUCCUCGACCUUCUAUCCAAUGUGGUCUGCUCUUGAGAAAGCCGCAGCAGAUCACUCCUCCUGCUGCCCAUCUGAGAGAAACAACCUGGCGGACUCAACCUGUAUUCACCGAGGCAAACAUUUCCCUCCGAGUCCGAAUGGGGUGAUAUAACCUUCGUUCUAAAAGUCUUCUUUCCCAAAGCUGUAGCUGUCAAAUAAAGGUGUCUCAGUAUCAGAAAGAAAGCUCGCUUAAUAACAUGGCCGAUGCCAUCCAGAACAGCUCCUUCAAUCAAAGCUCAGAACAUGAAAACGUCUUCAGGCCUCAGACCGUGUUCAGUGUCUUGACGUUUACCUUGCUCGCCAUGCUUGUGGUCGCCACGUUUAUUUGGAACAUGCUCGUCCUGGUAACCAUUCUCAGAGUCAGAACAUUUCAUCGCGUGCCCCACAAUUUGGUGGCCUCCAUGGCCAUAUCUGAUGUUAUGGUGGCUGCUCUGGUGAUGCCUCUCAGUCUGGUCCAUGAGCUCAACGGGCGGCGCUGGAAGCUGGGCCGGGCUCUGUGCCAGGUUUGGAUAUCUUUCGACGUCCUUUGCUGUACGGCCAGCAUUUGGAACGUGACUGCAAUAGCCCUUGACCGUUACUGGUCCAUAACACGGCACCUGGAGUAUACCCUGAAGACCCGCAAGAAGAUCUCCAAUGUGAUGAUUGGCCUGACUUGGCUGCUCUCUUCCGUUAUCUCCCUCUCCCCGCUGUUUGGCUGGGGUGAGACGUAUUCGGAAGAGGGCAUGGAGUGCCAGGUGAGCCAGGAACCAUCUUACACCGUCUUUUCCACAUUUGGGGCCUUCUACCUGCCUCUUUGUGUUGUUCUGUUUGUCUACUGGAAGAUAUACAAAGCUGCUAAGUUCCGUAUUGGAUCAAAGAAGACCAACUCCAUCACUCCAGUUGCAGAGGCUGGAGAGGUAAAAGAGGCCUCUAGACAACAGCCUCAGAUGGUGUUUACAGUGCGUCAUGCCACGGUGACUUUCCAGACCGACAGUGAGACGUGGCGAGAACAGAAAGAGAAACGUGCAGCUGUGAUGGUGGGCAUCCUAAUCGGAGUGUUCGUCCUCUGCUGGAUCCCCUUCUUUCUCACCGAGCUCAUCACGCCGCUGUGCUCCUGCAAAAUACCACCAAUAUGGAAGAGCGUCUUUCUCUGGCUGGGUUACUCCAACUCAUUCUUCAACCCUCUCAUUUACACAGCCUUCAACAAGAACUACAAUAACGCGUUCAGGAAUCUCUUCUCGCGACAGCGCUAAGCCCUGCCACUUGAGAGAUAGCAGACAGCUCGGCUUCAUCAAAAAUGCCAUUUCGAACCACCCUUAGGAUUUGGGAAGUGUGGUUAUCUGAACGCUUCAGUAGUCAAAGGUUCACACAAAACACAAAGGCAUUGAAGAAACCAUGUCUGACUAUUUUAUUGGAAAGUGAAAGGGAUGAUUUGAUCUGAGUUUUCAAAAUGUCAGUCUGUCCGCUGCAUUCAAUUAUAAUGCCAAGAGCUUAUGCACUUUAGGCGGUUAGUUUAUAUCAGUUUAUAUUUGUCAUCUGAGGUUUGUCUCAACUGAAUGUAUUUUUAAUUGUUUACGUCGCUUCCUUAGUAGCCUGAAUAGUCAAAUGACAAAAAC